CGCGUCGCGCUCGUCACGGGCGGCGGCAGCGGCAUCGGCCGCGCCGUCGCGGUCCGACUGGCCGCGGGCGGCUGGACGGACGCCGCGCCCGUGGUCGUCGUCGCGGGCCGGCGCCGCGCGCCCCUCGAGGAGACCGCGGCGCUGGCGGAGGCGGCGCACCCGGGCUGCGCCGUCGUCGUCGCGCCCGCGGACCUCACGGACCCGAAGGACGUGGAGCGGCUCUUCGCGGAGCUCCCCCGCUGCGACCUGCUCUUCAACAACGCGGGCGUCAACGUGCCGCCGACGUCCGUCGAGGACAUGUCCCUCGACGCCUGGCGCUACGUCGUCGGCACGAACGUCGACGCCGCGUUCCACGCGACGAUUCCCGCGUCUCUUUUCGCGCGCGCGGAACUCGACGACGCUUUCGGCCACGGCGGCGGGCGCAUCGUCAACAACGGCUCCGUGUCCGCGCAGACGCCGCGGCCCGGGUCGUGCGCGUACACGGCGUCGAAGCACGCCGUCUCCGGCCUCACCAAGUCCCUCGCGCUCGACGGCCGGGCCCACGGGAUCGCCUGCGGCCAGAUCGACUACGGCAACGUCGUCUCGCCCCUCUCCGCGGCCAUGGCCACGGGCAUGCCCCAGGCCGACGGCUCCGACCGGCCCGAGCCCCGCAUGGGCACCGACGACGCCGCGGACGCCGUCUUCUACAUGGCGCAGCUGCCCCUCUCCGCCAACGUCCUCAACAUGACCGUCAUGGCGACGAACAUGCCCCUCGUCGGGCGCGGA